AUGUCCAAAGCUGUGUAUAUUGAGCCUAUUGACGGCAAGCCCGGCAAGCCCGGCCAGGUCUACUACCCCCUCACUGUACGCACUGUCCCGCAGCCAACCCCUAGAGGUCGCGAGCUUCUCGUGAAGCUCACAGCGGCUUCGCUGAACCACCGCGACCUGUUCCUUCGCCAGCACCUCUACCCGGGCGUGACAUUUGAUGUGCCACUCCUCGCCGAUGGUGUGGGUGUGGUAGUCGGCGCAGGACCCGAGGUUUCCGACUCGGGGAAAUGGCAGGGCAAGCGUGUUAUUUUGAAUCCAGGCGUUGGUUGGAAGGACUCGCCUGACGGGCCUGAGGAGGAGGCCGGAUACCGUAUUAUGGGAGGUACGAAGGUCUAUGACAAAGGUACUCUGCAAGAGUAUAUCGCGAUCGAGGAGUCUGAGGUAGAGGAGGCGCCGGAGCACCUCUCGGAUGCGGAGGCUGCGGCUUUGCCCUUGACUGGAUUGACCGCUUGGCGUGCCUUGGUGACGAAAGCUGGCGAGCGAAACUCAAAAGAUGGUGCUGCUGUGCUAGUCACUGGCAUUGGAGGUGGCGUGGCCCUGAUGGCGCUCAGGUUUGCGGUUGCCAGGGGCGCACAUGUCUUUGUGACUAGCUCGAGCCAGGAGAAGAUUCAAAAGGCCGUCAAGUUGGGCGCGAUCGGCGGUGCCAAUUAUAAGGAACAGGGUUGGGAAAAGAAGUUGCUUGGCAUGCUGCCUGCUGGAAAAAAGACAUUCGAUGCUAUUAUCGACGGUGCUGGUGGUGACUCCGUGGAGAAAGCUGCGAAGUUGCUCAAGGCUGGAGGUGUCUUGUCAGUCUAUGGAAUGACCGUCUCGCCUAAAAUGCCCUUCUUGAUGCAGGCUGUGCUGAAGAACAUUGAUGUGCGUGGCUCCACUAUGGGCUCUCGCCUGGAGUUCAAGGAGAUGGUAGACUAUAUCAAGGCAAAGAAGAUCCACCCAGUCGUGUCAAGAAGCGUGCAGACCAGUAUUGAUGACUUGGCAACUAUUGAUGGCUUGUUCGAGGAUAUGAAGAACGCAACGCAGUUCGGAAAGCUGGUCAUUGAAUUUGGAAAGGCCUCGAACUCGAAGCUGUAA